AUGCACCCAAGGAGCCACGAUUCCUAUCGGGUGGCGUGGAUCUGUCCGUUGGAGGUGGAACAGAUCGCGGCAUUAGAGAUGCUGGAUAAAGAGCAUAAACGUCUACCGCAACCAAGCGGGGACACAAAUGUUUAUAACCUCGGCAGCAUCAACAACCAUAACGUCGUCAUCGUCGGUCUUCCCCAGGCGGGGAACUGCCCCGCAGCCACUGUCGUCACUCAAAUGAGGAGGACAUUCCCAAACCUCAAAUAUGGCUUGCUAGUAGGCAUUGGAGGCGGUGUGCCAGUAAAGACGGAUUGUGGGAUGAUCCGUCUAGGGCAUGUGGUGGUCAGUGAACCUACAGGUACACACUCUGGAGCAAUACAGUACGAUCAUGGAAAGGCGAAUGAAGGCUAUUUCGAACGGACAGGGAUCCUUGCGCCUCCGCCACUAGCGCUCCUCAACGCUGCACGAGAGUUGUCUAUCUCGCGUCAACGAAUGGAUAAUGAUCUAGUUUCGGAAAACGUGAAGAGAAUCCAAACUAGCAGACGAACGCUUCGUCGCUUUAAGUCUCCUGGCGCUGCAAAUGAUCAUCUCUAUGUAGCAGACUAUAAACACAAGCAAAAAGGGGUACCGUGUGGAGACUGCGGAUGUGAUGAGAACCAGCGGAUCCGGCGACCGAUAAACGAGGAAGACGAUUUGUUUGUUGUCGUACACAGGGGUACAAUAGCAACGGGGGAAAAGGUGAUAAAGAAUGCUAAGAGGAGGGAUGCCUUAGCGAAGUCGUAUACGGUGUUAUGCUUUGAAACUGAGGCCGCGGGGGUCUUGAAUGACUUCCCAUGUAUGGUUAUCCGAGGCAUCUCCGAUUAUUGCGACUCGCACAAGAGCGACGAAUGGCAGGGCUACGCGGCGGCGGUAGCAGCUGCUUAUGCAAGGCAGUUGUUUUUCCAUAUGUCUGAAGAAGCACAAAGACCUACCGCUUUCGAGCUCCAGUACAGCCUAUCCGCGGUAUCUGGAGUGAGCCACUUUGUUGCAAGGAAAUAUGAGCUCCAAUUGGUGCAAGAGGCCCUCGAGGGAUUUGAACGUUGUACUGCUGUCGUUCAUGGGUUAGGUGGCAUGGGCAAAACGCAGUUGGCGAUCGCCUAUAUUAAGCGACAUCGACUUGACUACUCAGCGGCAAUAUGGAUGAACGCAAGAGACGAAACAGGGCUGAAGCAAAGCUUUGCUGACGCAGCUGAGUGGAUUCUACGCCAUCACCCGACUAUCACAUACCUUGCGGAUGCCUUGCAGAGCCGGGAUCUAGACGAGAUAGUGAAAGCGGUUAAAAUGUGGUUGGACGAGCCGAUGAAUGAUCGCUGGUUGGUCAUCUAUGACAAUUACGACAAUCCGUUAUUAGAUAACCAUAGAGACAAAAGCCUAAACCAUGCUUCCUGUAUCAAGGCAGGGGCAGGUCCGUGUGGCGAUGAAGGCAGACACCUUACGAAUGCUUUUGAUCUUCGUGCAUUUCUGCCCGAGGCCGACCAUGGCGACGUUAUCGUGACCACGCGCUCAUCGAUGGUAAAUCUACGCCAACCUAUCAAGUCUAUUCACCUAAGCAAGCUGGAGGAUAUCAAUGACAGUCUCGAGAUCCUUGAGUCUGUUUCUGGUCGUGAUGGUUUAAGCCUUGCCCUUGCAACUGCAGGCGCAUACUUAAACCAAGUUUCGGUAACCUACACCGAGUAUCUCCAGCUAUACCGUGAAUCAUGGCGGCAAUUACAGGAAGAGACACCGUUGCUACAGGUAUACGAUCAAAAGUUAUACUCAACAUGGAAUGUUUCGUACCAGUUUAUUCAGCAGCAGAGUCCAAUUGCAGCUCUGCUUCUCCAACAAUGGGCAUACUUCGCUAAUGAAGACUUAUGUCAUGGGCUUGUAGAAGCUGAUCAGUCCACACCGGAGCCCGUUGACUCGGGAGGGUAUAACGUACACCGGUGCGUCCAUUCGUGGAUGAUGUAUGUGUUGAACGAGGUGGUCGAUAGGGAUAUGGCUCUGACAGCGAUAAAAUGUGUGGUAGCUCGCGUGCCGAAUGAUAGUGAACCCAAAUUCUGGCAGGUACAGCGGCGGCUUAUUGCACAUGCAGAUCGAUGUCUCGAGGUACUAGACAGUAUAGACGUCGGAAAUGAAGCUGAGGGGUUACAUUCUUUAGGCCUCCUCUACGCAGACCAAGGCCGGCUCCAGGAGGCAGAGAAGAUGUACCAGCGAGCACUCGAAGGCAAGGAGAAGGCGAAGGCAUUGGGACGAUGGCACCCAUCGACGCUAGAUACCGUUAACAACCUUGGCAUCAUCUACGCGGAUCAAGACCGGCUUCAGGAGGCAGAGGCGAUGUACAUGCGAGCACUUGAAGGCUACGAGAAGGUGCGGUGGCAGGGGCACCCGUCGACGCUGCAUACCCUCAAUAACCUCGGCAAUCUUUAUAAGAACCAGGGCAGGCUCCAGGAGGCAGAGACAAUGUACGAGCGAGCACUCGAAGGCAAGGAGAAGGCGAAGGCGUGGGGAUAUUGGCACCCCUCAACGCUAGAUACCGUCAACAACCUCGGCCUCCUCUACGCGGAUCAAGGCCGGCACCAGAAGGCAGAGGAGAUGUACGAGCGAGCACUCAAAGGCAAGGAGAAGGCGUUGGAACGAUGGCACCCGUCGACGCUAGAUACCGUCAACAACCUCGGCAAUCUCUAUAAAAACCAGGGCCGGCUCCGAGAGGCAGAGACGAUGUACGUGCGGGCACUGAAAGGCUACGAGAAGACGUGGGGACGAUGCCAUCCGUCGACGCUGGAUGCUCUCAAUAACCUCGGCAAUCUCUAUAAGAACCAGAGCAGGCUCCAGGAGGCAGAGGAAAUGUACAAGCAAGCACUCGAAGGCAAGGAGAAGGCGAAGGCGUUGGGAGGGGAACACACGUCGACGCUAGAUACUGUCAACAACCUCGGCAAUCUCUAUAGAAACCAGGGCCGGCUCCGAGAGGCAGAGACGAUGUAUGUGCGAGCACUGAAAGGCUACGAGAAAACGUGGGGACGAUGGCAUCCGUCGACGCUAGGUACCGUCAACAACCUAGGCAAUCUCUACGCGGAACAAGGCCGGUUCCAGGAUGCAGAGACAAUGUACGUGCGAGCACUGGAAGGCUACAAGAAGACUUUAGGGCCGACGUCUCUUUUGACGUACAUCCCGGCUUUGGUCGCGCUUGAGAACUUGGGCCUCCUCUCUGAGAAGCAGGGAACGAUUGAGAAAGCUCUUUUGUACUACCAGCAGGCCCUGGAUGGUGCUGAGGCUCAUAUUGAGCUCUCUGUCGCCUAA